UCGCGCUCCGACACGUCCGCACUGAGUGAGUGGCGUUGGCACGCGCUGUCAAUCGCUCACCGCCGCUGCCAUCAAACAACAUAAAGCACCACACAGUCAGAGGGCUCGCGCUCAUAAAUUUCGGCAGCCUGAUAUUUUCGCGCGCGGCUUCUACAGCGCUGUAAUUAAUUUGUCGCUUAUCCUUUUUUAUUAUUAUUAUUGCUCCUGCACAUUUUUUCCACUAAAGCGCCGAAACUUUUUUCCUAAAAUACAUAUAUAUUUUUUUUUUAUUUUUUUAUUGCUCAUAUUAUCGUUGCAGGUGUCGGUUAUCAAAUUUAUUUAAUUUUCCUCUGAUGCUGGAAAGCGUUGACAUGCCGCCUUUUGCGAGUAACCGCGCGCUACAAAUGCAUUGCAUAUUAUAAUUUCCACGGUUUCAUUUUUUUUUUCCCGCUGUUUUAUCAAUUGUUUCUCACUUGUCGCUGGAUGGUUUUGCUUUUGUUUUUUCCUGCCUAUUUUUUUAAUGGGGGAUUUGAACAAGUUGUGAAAGAAGAAUUUCGCGAGGAGACAUAAUCACAGCAAAAGAAUACAAAUAUAUCAAAGAAAUCUGCGUGGAGCUUUCGCAGCGCUAUCCCACACGUCAAAUCAAAGCAAAAAAGACAAAUUGCCAAGAAGAUCGGAACAGGAUCCAGGGGACAGUGGCUGUCAUCUAGCUGUCAGUAAUAAACAAAAAAGUAUACAUAUUGGUGCUGCAAGUGCGAACACAAUUUUUUUUUGCAAAAAAGAAAAAAAAAAAAAACAAAAACAUUUGUAUAAUUAAAAUCAAGGAGGACAAAAAUAUUCCGAAAGAAGAAAGUGCACGCUGGGACUCAAGAUUUUAAAAAAAAAAAAAAAAAUAAUAUCACCUCCAGUAUCUCGUGCUUUUGCUUUAUUUUUUUUUAGCGAAACACUUGAAUAUUAGUGUUUUCCUGCAUCCUCGGGCGCCGUGCACAUGCACUGAUUGCCUUUGUAUGUGACAUUAUUAUUAUUGUUAUUAUUAUUGCUGUUACUUUGUUUGCAAGCUCCCGUUUCUCGCAGCGAGGAAGCGCAUCGAUUGUGUUGCGGCACGCUAUGGACGAACAAGCCCGGAUAAUGCAGGCGCUCGGCGGGGUCAAUCUGGCCGGACACUCGGUGCAGGGAGGCAUGACACUGCCGCCUCCGCACGGACAUGAGGCCACCGACGGCGACACCAGGAAGCAAGACAUCGGGGACAUCCUGCACCAGAUCAUGACCAUCACCGACCAAAGUCUGGACGAGGCGCAAGCAAAGAAGCACGGACUGAACUGCCACAGGAUGAAGCCGGCGCUCUUCAGCGUGCUCUGCGAGAUCAAGGAGAAGACAGGCCUCAGCAUCCGCGGCGCUCAGGAGGAAGACCCCCCAGACCCCCAGCUCAUGCGGUUGGACAACAUGCUGCUGGCAGAGGGUGUGUCGGGUCCCGAGAAAGGGGGUGGCUCGGCAGCCGCCGCUGCAGCCGCCGCUGCCUCCGGCGGAGCUGCCGACAACUCCAUCGAGCACUCAGACUACAGGGCCAAGCUGACACAGAUCCGACAGAUCUACCAUACAGAGCUGGAGAAGUACGAGCAGGCAUGCAAUGAGUUCACCACCCACGUGAUGAACCUGCUACGGGAGCAGUCGCGCACGCGGCCCAUCUCACCCAAGGAGAUUGAGCGCAUGGUGGGCAUCAUCCACCGCAAGUUCAGCUCCAUCCAGAUGCAGCUCAAGCAAAGCACCUGUGAGGCCGUCAUGAUCCUGCGCUCCAGAUUCCUUGACGCCAGGCGGAAGAGGCGGAACUUCAGCAAGCAAGCAACAGAGAUCCUGAACGAGUAUUUCUACUCGCACCUCAGCAACCCAUACCCCAGCGAGGAAGCCAAAGAAGAGCUGGCAAAGAAGUGCAGCAUCACAGUGUCCCAGGUAUCCAACUGGUUCGGCAACAAGCGGAUCCGGUACAAGAAGAACAUUGGAAAGUUCCAGGAGGAAGCCAACCUGUACGCUGCCAAGACCGCCGUGACCGCGGCGCACGCUGCCGCAGCCGCCGUCCAGAACAGCCAGACCAACUCCCCGACCACGCCCAACUCCGGGUUCCAGAUGAAAGAUGAAGAAUUUCAGCUGGACUCUGCAGAGAGCAAAAACACUCUUUUAACCAACAUGUUUACUGGUCCCUCAGGGUCUUUUAACCUCCCAAACUCUGGGGACAUGUUCAUGAGCAUGCAGAGUCUGAAUGGGGAUUCUUACCAGGGGGCACAAGUUGGAGCCAAUGUGCAGUCACAGGUGGAUACCCUGCGCCAUGUUAUCAGUCAGACGGCAGGAUACAAUGAUGGCCUGGGGGGUAACACUCUGUACAGUCCACAUGGCUUGAAUGCUAACGGCGGAUGGCAGGACGCGACCACUCCGUCCUCCGUGAUUUCUCCCACGGAGGGCCCAGGGAGUGUCCACUCGGAUACCUCGAAUUGAUCUCCUCGCAGACGCUCCCCGUUCCCAAGCUGUGGAGCCCUCGCUCACUAGCACUGACUGGCCAACCAGAGAGGCUCGACAAACUCUUUUGGAAUCAGUCGUUUGCAACGUUAUUUCUUUCUGUCUUUUUUCCGUCGUCAUUCUUGGUCUUUUUUUUUCCCCCUCCGUCCCCCCCAUGCUGCAGUCCCUCCUACCGCUCUAAAUGACAUUCACCGGACUCCUGGUUUCUGUGCGCUUCGAUAAGGCCGCUACACUGCUCUUUCAAAUCGGAUUCAUCCUUUAUUUCCAGUUUUUAAAAUCAACGUUCGAUUUUAAAACAUGGAAAACGCGGGAAAUUGUGCAAGACCAUCCUUGUCUGGUGGCGACAGUGCAAACGCAGAGCUGUACAAGGACCCCAAGAGCUCUCACUGUGGAGGGUACCAAUGCGCCAGGGGGAGCCGGACAAAGCCCCUCCAGGUCUGCACCUCCCUCUCCUCCUCCUCCACCCACAGCACCCCCCCCACCCCCUCCCCCGUUUCAUACGGAAGCUGCCCUUGCAUCAUCCGGUCUCUUGACGGAAAGUGAGGAACAGUCCCGCUGGACCGUAUUUGUGUGGUAAAUCUGAGAACUGAAACAAAUUUACAGCAAACCCUUUAUAUCCACUUUCUUCAUUGUGUGUGUGGUUUUUUCCAGGGUCUUUCCAGGGUUUUUUUCAUUUCCAUUGCUCUUUGUCCUUCCGCCCGUGUUAAAUAACACCACUUACAGUCCAAUUUCAGUAUGCAAGAACUGACUUCUGAUGAUUUUGUGCUAAUUCAUGUGUUUAACAGGGCUAAUGUUACACUUAACUGGCAGCUUGGGGGAUUCAUUUUCAUAAUUUCUUUUUUUUUUGCCUUACACCCAACAAUUUGCGAUGAAGCAGAGACUCUUGCUGUGGCACUGAAUUAGAUGCGGCAACGAACGUGCAUUCCAUUCUUGGGAAAUGCUUUAAAAGUGACACGUUUUGACACAAUUUCUAGUAGAAACAAAUGAUGGCAAGUACGUAUUAACAGUGUACAUCUUGGAACCCGUUCCUGGAGACAAGCUGCGUGUUCAAAGCCAGUCGGUGUUGCGCGUCUACUUGGCCACCGAAGACACCAGCUACGAGAAACACUCUGACGUGUUGUAUAUAAUGUAGCUUAAGAGUAUUUAUACAUCCCACCAAUCAAGACACAGCUUUAUUACCUCAUGCGAACUCAUAGAAACCAAUAGAAUUUCAACAUGUUCUAUAGCUUAGAGUGCUCACUUACUACCUCUAAACAA